GGCCGGCUGCGCCGGCAAGGGCCGGGGCUUGUUACUCCCGGCCGGGGCGGCCCCUGGGCAGCAGGAAGAGAGCUGGGGCGGUUCGGUGCCCUUGCCCUGUCCGCCCCCGGCCACCAAACAAGCCGGCAUUGGGGGGGAGCCCGCCGCAGCCGGAGCCGGCUGCAGCCCCCGGCCCAAGUAUCAGGCGGUGCUGCCCAUUCAGACGGGCUCGCUCGUGGCUGCGGCCAAAGAGCCUACGCCCUGGGCCGGGGACAAGGGUGGGGCGGCUCCCCCAGCUGCCACCGCCUCGGACCCGGCGGGGCCCCCCCCACACCCCCACCACUACCUCUGCCCGGGCCGCCACCCCUCGCGCCCACCGCCACCGCCGGGACCCUGGUGGCCAGCGAGGGCAGAUGGAAGAGUAUGAGGAAGAGCCCUCUCGGGGGUGGCGGUGGCUCGGGAGCCUCCAGUCAGGCCGCCUGCCUCAAACAGAUCCUUCUGCUGCAAUUGGACCUCAUCGAACAGCAGCAGCAGCAGCUGCAGGCCAAGGAGAAGGAGAUCGAGGAGCUCAAGUCUGAGAGAGACACGCUUCUUGCUCGGAUUGAACGUAUGGAAAGGCGGAUGCAGCUGGUAAAGAAGGAUAACGAGAAAGAAAGACACAAGCUGUUUCAGGGCUAUGAAACUGAAGAGAGAGAGGAAACAGAGCUAUCAGAGAAAAUUAAACUGGAGUGCCAGCCGGAGCUUUCCGAGACAUCCCAGACUCUGCCUCCCAAGCCUUUCUCAUGUGGGCGCAGUGGAAAGGGACACAAAAGGAAAUCCCCAUUUGGAAGUACAGAAAGAAAGACUCCUGUUAAAAAGCUGGCUCCUGAAUUUUCAAAAGUCAAAACAAAAACUCCUAAGCACUCUCCCAUUAAAGAGGAACCCUGUGGUUCCUUAUCUGAAACUGUUUGUAAACGUGAAUUGAGGAGCCAAGAAACCCCAGAAAAGCCCCGGUCUUCAGUGGACACCCCACCAAGACUCUCUACUCCCCAAAAGGGACCCAGCGCCCAUCCCAAGGAGAAAGCCUACUCAAGUGAGAUAGAAGAUUUGCCGUACCUUUCCACCACAGAAAUGUAUUUGUGUCGUUGGCACCAGCCUCCCCCAUCACCGUUACCAUUACGGGAAUCCUCUCCAAAGAAGGAGGAGACUGUAGCAAGGUGUCUGAUGCCAUCAAGUGUUGCAGGAGAAACUUCAGUCUUGGCUGUUCCUUCUUGGAGGGACCACUCAGUAGAACCUCUAAGGGACCCAAAUCCUUCAGAUCUUUUGGAGAACCUGGAUGACAGUGUGUUUUCAAAGCGGCAUGCAAAACUGGAGCUGGAUGAGAAGAGAAGGAAAAGAUGGGAUAUUCAGAGGAUCAGGGAACAAAGAAUUUUACAACGACUGCAGCUCAGAAUGUAUAAAAAGAAAGGAAUUCAGGAGUCUGAGCCUGAGGUUACCUCAUUUUUCCCUGAGCCAGAUGAUGUUGAAAGUUUGAUGAUUACCCCCUUCUUGCCUGUAGUAGCAUUUGGACGACCAUUACCAAAAUUAAUUCCACAGAAUUUUGAGCUGCCCUGGUUGGAUGAGCGUAGCCGAUGCAGGUUGGAGAUCCAGAAGAAGCAAACACCUCACCGGACGUGUAGGAAAUAGCUGUCCUGGCAAGAAUCCUCUGUCUUCAGAUAGUUGUAGCAUGCCAUUCCCAGAGAGUGGCAGAGACCUGUAUAUGUGACCUAUGUCCUCAUGUAUGUUAUCAUUUGCUGACAAUACCCUUCCAUACUCUCUCGAUUUUGGUUGUUUUCAUCACUCUGGUUUCACAAAAAAACUCAUUGGGCUAAUUGUAAGUUAUGGAUGGAGACUGGGAUUCCUUUUCCCUUUUUGAGGAAAUGAACUCUUAAGCUACAUCUAUUGGAGGGUAGAUUGGGACGUUUCAGGGGUCUGCUUCUAUACAUUUGCCUUUGUUAAAGGGGUGAAGGGCUCUCUUCAUUAGACAAGUGAAUGAUGAAGCAAGCGCCCUGCCUUUAGAGAUAUGCCUACAUGGCACUCUUCUUACCCUGUUACACUCUCAUUCUAGUUUGAGUAUAGUGAGUUUUACCCUAAAAUAAAACAAAAAUAUCUCACCAUGAGCUUUAGGACCAGUGAGGAAUAAUAAGUGAAGUGAUGAAGCAAGUCAUCUUCACAGAAUAGAAAAGAAAUUUAAGAGCUGGUAGAUAAAUCUCUGAAAAGAUAAUUUUCUCUUAAAACUAUACUACAAUAUAGCCACUUGAGACAUUUGACUGUGAUUAUUUUCUUAGUUAAUGGGUAACUGAAUUUCUUCUCCUACCCCUCAAAAAAUAAAAUCUUUGGAAAAGAGAAUGGAGAUGUUAGUUUCAGAAAAGUUACAGCUCUGAACAAAAGCAAUUGACAUUUGAGGAUGGCAUGCCAGAUCUGUUAUCGAUGUCCUUGUGUCACAUCACUUCUCAAGUAUUCCUUAGUUGGGUUUUAUCCUUUUAGCUGAGUUCUUGGUGGUGGGUGAAUUUAGGGCGGGUGGGGGGAGGGUAUGGAAGUAUGUGCUUCUUUUGGCUGGCAAAUGUCUACAUCUUGAAGCAGAUGUACUUAAUGAGCUUCUCCAUUCAUUUUGUAAAAAUAGAUUUGUAUAUGUACCAUCUUGCCCCUCCCUCCAGCCCCCUUUUUGUUAAAAAAAAAAAAAAUCAGGACAGCACUUCCAGGCCACUUUGGUCUCAGUGUAAGAUCUCUGUUAACUAUCUGGAAGGAAAAUAGAGCCAAGACUUCUGGUCUUAAAUAUAUAGGAAUUGCCUUUCUUUAGUCUUCGGGACUAUUGUGUGAAAACAAGUAGGGGUCUAAUCUCCUAGAAGGUAGGGGCUUUUAUCCUUGAAGAGAGUAUGUCCCCAGAUUAUUAGCACUUUUAGAGGAGAAGCCAAGGUAUGUAGGGUGUGUGGCCGGCCCUUCAGUGGAGCAUGAGAGAAUGGGAUACCAUUGUGGGAAUAGAAGAAAAGUUCCUCAGGGGCCUCCCACUUCUAAAACUUUUUGUGAGAUGUUGAUCUGUGCUCCCUGGGUUUGACUUUUAAAGGAAUUAUUCCGGCAGCACAUGUAGUAUUCUUGGAUGAUCUUGCUGCUCUUAUUUCUCCUUUUGUGUGUGUGUGUGUGGCUAUGGGUUUUCAUUUGUAACUCCAUCUGUUUAGGAGAGUGGGCUCUCUAUAAGGGAACCUGCUGUAAACUUCAAUGCAGCAAGGAUGUAGAGAGAAAUAGGACUUAUUCCACUAGGGGCUCUCAUCUCACACCUUAAGGAAAAGAAGAUUUCUAGAAAAAUGGCCAGAUUUUCUUUGUUCUCCAUCAUUUUAAUUUGGUAAGCCGUUUGUUCGGCUUUUCUAUUCUGACCCAAGUUAUGUUCCUUCAUAAU